AUGGAUUAUGCUCAUAGCUUUGGUAAACUUGUUCUGAUCACACCUUUCUAUAUUGGGUUGUUGUCUUCCAUAGUAGUUUUAAGUGUUCCAGCCUUGGCUUCAAAUACAAGUUGCAAUUUUCAGGCAAUCUUCAACUUUGGGGACUCAAAUACUGAUACAGGAGCUGAUUCUGCUGCCUUCUCUCUUGUCACCCCACCCUAUGGGGAGACCUUUUUUCACAUGCCUGCUGGAAGACCUUCAGAUGGAAGGCUCACCAUUGAUUUCAUGGCUGAAAGAUUCAGAUUACCUAACCUCAGUGCGUAUCUCGAUUCAUUGGGAACUAGCUUCAUCCACGGUGCUAAUUUCGUGGUAUCUGGGGCAACAAUCAGGCCGUCGGAUAAAAGCCGAACUGGGAGAGGACCAAACCCCUUCUACUUGGAUGUGCAAGUCUCCCAGUUCCAACGAUUCAAAUCCAGAUUACAGUUAAUCAGGAACCGAGGUGGAAUCUACACAAAUUUGUUACCUAAGGAGGAGUUUUUGGGUCAAGCAUUGUACACAUUUGAUAUUGGUCAAAAUGAUAUCGGUUUGGGUUUAUUCAACAACCAAUCUCCAGAGGAAAUUAAAGCUGACAUUCCCGAUGUAAUUAGCAAGCUCUCCAAGAAUAUUCAGGACCGGAAUGACGACCAGGGGCCUUUGCACAAUGGCAAUGAUGAUGAAUCAGGGUACUACUCACCUAGGGGUCCGGGAAGAUAUUCUAUGUAUACAAUUGGUGAGGAUGACCCAAUGGUUGAUCCCACAGAUGCUAUUCAGCCAGCACUCUCAAUUCACAUAAAAGGGGAAGAUCCGGCAUCUGAUUCAGAAGAUAGUGAAGGAUAUGAGAUCACUUUGGAAGGAGAACCAAACCCUAUAGUAGAGCACAAGGCUUAUGCCUAUAAUCGUUUGAUUGAUAUCAAACUCGAGGCUGAUGAGAUUGAUCAAUUGUUAGGCGAAGUAGCCACCAGUGAACAAUGCUACACCAAGUAG